AUGUCAAAAAGCAUUACUCCACAAUUAGAAACUAUUGCCACUAUAACCAUAUUAUUAAUGUCGGAUCUAUAUAGUAAACUAGGUCCCCAAGGACAAGCACUAUUGAACCAAUCACAACACACAAUCUACCCCUAUACCAAUGAUCCCAAUAAUCAACCACAAGAUCUCGACUUUGUCAUUGAUGAAUUGAGAAACCCCAAAUCAACCACCACGGUAAACAAGGUAUUGGGUUACUUAUACAAUUACGUUCCAUAUAUCAAACAUGAGCAUAACUUGGGUAUUGUCAUUGCUAGUUUCUUAAAUAGCCCUCUGUGUUUUGGCCCCAGCACUCCACCGUUUGAAGAAAAUUACUUCAUUAUUGAAGUGUUUAAAUUGAUUACUGAUAAGAAAUUGGAAGUGUCGCAACCUACAUUACCCAUUAAGGAGUUUUACACUGUUAUCAGAAAAGAAUUGGAGAACUUCGUAUGGUAUAACCCCAGUGCGAAUAGUUGGAAAGUGUUGCCAAUAAUCUGUGGAAUGAUGUUGUCAAAUCCACUUCGUAAUGAAUUGUAUAUUGAAGCUAAUUAUUUACAAUACAGGUGGUUUUUCGAUGAAUGGGAUGAAAAAAUGAAAAGCUUGUUUGUUCAUUGUUUGGAGUAUAGUUUGACUAGUAGUCAUUCGGAAGAUAUUGUUUUCCUUAGUGUCACUAGUUUGGCUUUGGUUUAUCAAAAGGAUGAACAUGUGAAAAAAUAUACCAAACAUAUUAGUGAUGGAUUCAUGGUGGGAGUACUUAUGGAUAUGAUUUUUUUAUCACCUAAAGUGUCAACUUUGCUGUAUCAGCAAUUUUUCAAGCUCAAUCCUCGAGAUCCAAAUGAAGCAAAUAAGCAAAUUUUUCAAAAACCAGUGAUUAAACAUUUAAACAAGUUUUCUUUCUUAAUCGCUGCAUAUUUCACUCAAUUGAAAUACACUCAACGGAAUGAAGAUUUGAUUCUUGCCAAUUUGACGAAAAUUGCCGAUUUCAACAAAUUGGUCAACCAUAUGUGUUCAGCAUCCAUAUUCAAUACGUUCACAAGCUCCAAGGAAAACAACCCUCUUUUCCAACUGUUUUGGUACUUUAUGAAGAACUUGUUAUUUUCAGAAGUGAUUAUUUUCCAAGGUAUAUUCACUCGAUUUCUAACUGGAAACAAGUCAAAUUUCAUUUGGUUUAAUAAUCGAGAUUUGACUAUCAUGCAACGUGCAUAUAGACAAAUUGCCCUAACUGCAAUCCCCAGUUUGUAUUAUCUCAAUUUCAUCUUACUUUCAAUAGGACAAGGAGGAUUUGAUAAUUAUAAUUUUGUUUAUUAUCUUAGUGUUGAAUUGGGUUUAUCUACAGAACUUCAUUUUGAACAAUUGGCAUUGCGGUUUUUUCUGGACUAUAAUGAAAUAAACUUAUAUCCUGAUGUAUUGGAUCACAACUACGUUAUGCAACUGAAGGUGUUGUUUGUAUUGGGACUAUGGGAAAAUUAUUUACAGCAAAAACCUAUCCAAAAUGAAAACUAUGCAACCAGGAUUUACGAUCUUGUGAGGGAUUUGGCUGAUGAUUCUAGAUAUUCAAGCAAUGGUUUAAUCGAAGCUAGUCAUUCGGUAUUGUUAUUUUAUUUCGCCAAUAGUAAACAAGUUGAUCUUGCCGAUUGUAUUGAAUAUGUCAAUUUGUUAAUCAGUCAAUUCCCUCAUCGGUUAUCGGCUACUCAAUUAUGCAUUGCUAUUGAAACUAUUGGUAAGAAAAUCCUAUCUAAUCCUAAACCAUACCCUCCUGACUACAUCUUCAUUAAUUCAGCUGAUGAAUUUUUCCAUUUCUUAGCUGAUAAAUGUGCACCAAUUGCACGUGGAUUACCCAUAAAAGCCACGACUACCCCCCUGGAUAAUCCGAGUUUUGCUUCUGCACAACCCAUUUCCGAAAUUGAAGCUCAUUCAACACUUAACACAUUAGAACAAGAUAAGAAAAUGGAAAAUGACAUUAUACAUGAAAACAAAGCCAAAAAACCCAAAGAUAAAGUUGUGCGUGACUUGUUACCACGUUUCAAAAAGGAAUACAAAUUUGAAAAUCGACUUGCGCCAGAAACCGUUCGAGAAGCAGCAGUGUUGGCUCUAAUUAAUUUAGUUCCUUAUUUUCCCUUGUCGGUAUUUACAUCAUGGGUGGAGAGAAUUUGGGAUUUGAUUGUGAAAAGUAAUGUACUGGAGGCCAAUUAUUUAACUGGUAUGUUAUGGAAAGUAAUGAGUGAUAGUCUUGAUUUGAAUCGAGUUGAAUUGGCAAUGAGAUGGUGGUAUGGGACAAAGCAAUUAUCGGAGAGAAAUUACGUUGCUGCUAAAAUAUAA